AUGUCCGGUCGCGGCAAAGGAGGUAAAGGCUUGGGCAAAGGUGGUGCUAAGCGUCAUCGUAAGAUUCUACGCGAUAAUAUCCAAGGAAUUAGCAAGCCAGCGAUCCGUCGUCUCGCUCGCCGUGGGGGUGUAAAGCGAAUUUCUGGACUGAUCUACGAGGAGACACGCGGUGUUCUGAAAGUUUUCCUUGAGAACGUUAUCCGCGAUGCCGUGACCUACACCGAGCACGCCAAGCGUAAGACCGUUACAGCCAUGGACGUAGUAUACGCUCUGAAACGACAAGGACGUACUCUGUACGGUUUUGGGGGUUAGAAUACACUGUAAUCCCUGAUCAACACUUUUAAACCAACGGCUCUUUUAGGAGCCAACAAAUGUAUGAAAAGCUCUGACCAAUACGUGAUAAGAGAAUUUGUUUUCAUUACGAUCAUUGCUGAAGGUUUAUAUACAUAUCAACAAGUCAACAUACACCUGAAAUCGAUUCAGCGCUUUAUUUACUGGGUGCGUCCACGCCAGUUUUUUUUUUUUAGUGACUUUACAGCAGCGCAGUCGUUACUUAUACAGGAAAUUUUUUUUUCCCGUCUAGAUUAGCCUCAUAGCUCUUUGCGGGGCAUACAAUACUGUAAAGCUUUUGUCUUUAGUUAGUGAAUAAACUGUUGUUGUACGUUGUUGUUGAGCACGGCACGCACAGCACGGCUGAGCUUUGAAAGCGCAAGUCGGUCUUGAAAUCCUGAGCGAUUUCUCUGUACGGUUUUGGGGGUUAGACAAGUCAACAUACACCUGAAAUCGAUUCAGCGCUUUAUUUACUGGGUGCGUCCACGCCAGUUUUUUCUUUUUAGUGACUUUACAGCAGCGCAGUCGUUACUUAUACAGGGAAAUUAUUUUUUUUCCCGUCUAGAUUAGCCUCAUAGCUCUUUUGGGGCAUACAAUACUGUAAAGCUUUUGUUUUUAAUUAGUUAGUGAAUAAACUGUUGUUGUACGUUGUUGUUGUGGCAGAAUUAAGAGAGCAAGCUGGUUUGUGUCGUUACCGACGACGGUUUAUAACUGUGUUAGUUUAUUUUACGUAAACAGCUUGUGUACCGAAGGAAAUCACGACGAUCUCUUGUAAUUUUUAGGCAAAGAAAACAACAUUUCAAGCUCAGUAGUAGCAGCAAUGUUUGUUCCCGGUUGGUAGGAAUGCGAUUAAUUGUGUACUCGUUUAAAAAGAGCAGAAAGUUGUUCGAUUGUCGCUUGGUAUGUACCUCGAAGUUCGUAUAAAAACCUGUUGGAAACAGCGCGAAUGAAACCUGCAUAGAAAGCAAACGCAAUUUCAACUUUCAUGAUAUAAUCACAUCAGUCUUUAAAUUCAUGUUACACCGAGCUAAACUGACCUAAGACUGGUUUCCAGUUUUCAAACAUGCUGUGGUUGCUGUUGUUUGUUUCUUACAUGCGAUAGCCGAAAUAGCGCUUUUAAAUAUGCUUUGGUAUACGCAUUUUAUGAACAAAACUAGCAACAUGGAACCAUGCAAAACAAAAGGAAAUAGCGAGUUUCCAAGUGAGACAUAAUUAUUUGUGGCUAAGUAUCGAUCGAGUUAUUAACCCCCAAACUUAGGAUUUAUGAAUACUAUUUGGGGGUAGAUUACAAAUUUAUAUCGUGAUUGGUCAUGACUUUAUUCUAGACUUAGUGGCUCCCUAAAAAGAGCUGUUUGUAUUUAUGGUUGUUGCCGUCGCUUAGUGUUGUUUCUUCUUCUGUCUUUUUAGGUAGUAAUACUGCCUGAAUGUUGGGAAGAAGAACACCGCCUUUGAGCGAUGGUGACACCGGCAAGGAGUUUGUUUAAUUCUUCGUCAUUUCGCACAGCCAACUGGGUGACGAGGAAUGAUUCUUGACUUUUGUUGUCGCGUGCUGCGUUUCCUGCUAACCGAGGAUCUCGUAGCACCAGAUACUCGAAGUACGGCAGCCAAGUACACGGAGCACCGGCUCCGACGCGUUCAGCGUAGUUGCCUUUACGAAGAAGGCGAUGGAUGCGACCAACAGGAAACUGUAGACCUGCCCUGGAAGAACGAGUCUUUGACUUGGUGCCCUGGGCUUUACCUUUCCUCGUCGGUCAUUUUGUCGAGUAACUCGUAUCUUAAGUUUCAGUUUAAGUUUCAGGAGACUGUUUUCCAAGACAUGACUUCGGCCGCCAUAAUUUAUCACGCGCGGACUGCGUUUCGUGGAUCAGAUUGCACCAAUCAAAAGUCUUACAUUGGCUCAUAAAAGAAAUUCUAGCCUUGCAAUUGUUCUCUUUGUGUCGAUUGGCGGCACGCUCCAUUGUUUACACCGAGAAAAAAAAACACCAAUCACCGACGAGAACUUGCGAUCCGCAUAUUAAUUGAUCCUAUUGAAUUUGGCAACAUAAAUAGAAACUGUGAUAUCCCGAAUUACCAAACUCUAUUUCGAAAAGGCAGAGAUAUCUUUCUUUACCAUGGCAUCUAAACCGAUUGCAGCUAAAAGGGAGAGAAGAAGAGCGGCGGUAAGGCAAAAUCCACGUCGGGCGACAGUACGAAAAAACGGCGAUCGAAACGGAAGGAGAGUUAUGCGAUCUACAUCUACAAAGUGUUGAAGCAGGUACAUCCUGACACCGGAAUCUCCAGCAAAGCAAUGGGUAUCAUGAACUCUUUCGUGAACGAUAUCUUUGAGCGCAUUGCUACAGAAUCCUCCCGUCGAGCCCACUACAACAAGAAGUCCACUAUCAGCUCCCGCGAGAUUCAGACAGCCAUCAGACUGCUCCUUCCAGGAGAACUCGCAAAGCACGCAGUCAGUGAGGGUACCAAGGCCGUCACGAAGUACACUAGUAGCAAGUGA